UUAGUUGAGUUGCAUUGCAAAAUAUGGGUGAUAUUGGGGUGUAGCAGAAAUUUAGAAAAUCAUAAUCGGGAAGUCUGCUGUGAAAGAAUUGCGAGUUAGCAUACCUAAAAAAGGCAUAUCAGAAGGGUAAAGGAAGAUGCUGAGGGCAGCAGGGAGGAGGCUCUCAUCUGCUAGUUAUUGGAGGAGGUCAUCGUCCUCCUCCGCCGCCGCCUUGGUUAAUAAUCCUCAUCCUCUUUCUACUGGCUCCGAUGACUCUCCCCCUUCCAGAUCCAUCCUCUCCUUAUCUCCUCAUCUCUUCAGAGGGUAUUCAUCUGAAGCCCUUGCACCACCACAUGAUCUUGGUCUGAUCUCAGAUCUCCCAGCUACAGUAGUUGCUGUGAAGAAUCCUACUUCAAAAAUUAUCUAUGAUGAAUACAAUCAUGAGCGUCAUCCACCUGGUGACCCUAGCAAGCGAGCCUUUGCCUAUUUUGUCUUGACAGGCGGGAGGUUUGUGUAUGCCUCGUUGAUACGUCUUUUGGUCCUCAAGUUAGUGCUGAGCAUGUCUGCUAGCAAAGAUGUCCUUGCUCUCGCAUCCCUCGAGGUGGACCUUUCUAGCAUUGAGCCUGGGACCACCGUCACAGUCAAAUGGCGUGGAAAGCCCGUUUUCAUUAGGCGGCGAACUGAAGAUGAUAUUAAGCUGGCGAAUAGUAUUGAUGUUGCAUCCCUUCGUGAUCCUCAGGAGGAUGCUGACAGGGUUAAGGAUCCCGAAUGGCUUAUAGUGGUUGGUGUCUGCACCCAUUUGGGGUGCAUCCCAUUACCUAAUGCUGGUGAUUUUGGUGGUUGGUUUUGCCCAUGCCACGGCUCCCACUAUGACAUUUCUGGAAGGAUUCGCAAGGGCCCAGCACCUUUGAAUUUAGAGGUUCCCACUUACAGCUUCUUGGAAGAAAACAAGUUGCUCAUAGGGUGAGAUUUCUACAGCAUUAGGUUUAUAUUGUGAUGUUAUAAAAGACAUUGUCCCCUGCACAACGGGAAGCACAGAUGACAGUUUUGCAAUAUUCAUUUUAUUUUUAUGUUUGUUUUACGCAUAAUGCUCCUCCUGUUUAGGCAAUGUAUCUGCUGCCAUUGUUUCACCGGGUUACGGAUUUUGGAAUAAUAUACCUGGAUUUUUACUGAACAUUUACAGUUUAAUUGUAAGUUCAUUGUAUCAAGAGUUGGACAGUAGCUCAUGGUGCAUUCUUUCUACUUCAA